AUGGCGGCCAUUGUUGAAACUUGCUGGGGCAAUGUUGUCUGGAAAGAGAUGAAGAGGGAACUAGGUCCGCUCCUAAAGCGUACUCAUAUGCGGGAGAAGGCACAAGAGAUACGUCGUCUUCUUGAAGGCUUGACGGAAACUCUAAAACCUAUGGUCACAUUUGAAAGGACGGAAGUCUCGCAGGAUCAGCUGGAAGUCCUCAAGUUAGAUAGGGCCGGAAAACUGGCGGCAACCGUUUCUUCUUUCGACACGAUUCAUCAACUUCUUUUUUUAAGUAAUUCCUAUGAGUUGCUCAUCGAUACGGAAGCUCCUGAGGAUGAUGGUGGGGACUACACCACCUGGAAAGCUCUUCCUCAGCCGCUCCUUGCUUGGAUUCAAGACCAAAAGGGACUCAGGAUUCUCGGCGAGCCAAUUUCAAGCCGUGAAAUGCUUGAAUUAGCCUCUCAGCUACUGCAUCGGAAAACCACUCACAGGUUCUCUGACACUCUUACCUCUCCCAUCGUGAAUAUUGCAGUUCAGAUGGCAUUACAAUACAUCAAGGAGAUUUUUGCAACCUCAUUUGAGCUGCAGUGCUUGCAAGCGCGGUAUCACGUUAUCACGUACUUUCGUGCUGUCAACCCCGAGAUUCCGACUGUGACUGAGGCUGCCUUGUACGACGUCUUGAAAAGAGUCAAGGCCAUUGGAUGUAACCUAGCGGAGUAUCCAAAAAUUCCCGAAAUCAUAUUCUCCACCAGGGACACCUAUGCAGAAAGGUUCGACAUGCUUAAGAAGGCGAAGAACAAAUCCUACAUCAUUGACGGCACCCUCAAGAUCCCGCUUAAGAGGAAACGGGAUACUGAUCAGCACUACAAGCGUAAAACUUGA